UUCAACUGUGCAAACUUUGAUGUAACCGCCUUGCUGUGUGCAUGGCGUCCAUGGCAUCCGUGGCGAAUCUGGUGGAAUUUCCUGACGGUUUGGGAUUGAACGUGCCACUCUUCGUGCAGUGCAAGUGGUGCUUCGAUGCUUCAACCACUGUGGAGCCGACAGCUGAAACAUCUGAUGUGCUGUGCGAGUUAACGAUGAUGGAUGGAAAUCAUUGCUGGGCGGGGCCCUUGCGGCGCAGAGAUUUGGCCGGGCCGUUGGAGAACAGUUGGAAAGAUCCAGCGAACUUGCGGCUACUACGCGAGGCAUUGGUGGCCCCGGCUGCCCCGAGUGUUACCGCGCCGCCGCUCUUCAUGGGUGGACCUACAGCAGAAUCGUCAUGGAAGGUCGAACAUGGGGAGUUGCAGCUGACAGUGAGGUUCAUCUAUCGUGAAGGGCCCGUGACUGCAAUCCAAAGCGCCAGAUUUCCCAAGGUUGAUUUGAAGGACUCCCUCCAAACGAUCUGCAGGUCUGUCCGGGCACUGCAAGAAGAUGUGCGGAAACAGAAAGAGCAGGUGCAGUUGGAGCGGGCAACACUACAGCAGAGACAAGAAGUAUUGAAAAGGCGCCUUGAGAUUUUGCCGAAGGAAGUGGAAGAUCAUGAGACCCAGCUGUUGGAGGCUCUCUGCGGUGUCCUCAACGCCCAGAAACGCCGCUGCCGCGGUCUCUGGGAAUCCACCUGCGAGGCGCCCGAGAUCGCGGUGGAACGCGGGGCGCCCACGAUGUCGUUGGAGGAGUGCUUGGAUAGGGAGGUGCCCAACGUCGGCCUUAGGGAGGACUCCCCCGAGCCCGCCGGUGCACCGGCUGCGGGACCCGCGGGUCCCGCGGCGUCGUUGCAGAUAGAGUCGGCCACAUCGAUGUUCUCCUUAUCCUACGAUGUGGCACGGGCAGAAACAACUUUCAGCAUUCCUUUGACCUUGGGCAUGAGCCGCGUUGCCUUGCCAUCGUCCCCGUCGGGUUUGUCACGGUGAAGCGCAGCGCAGCCUCCGCGUCCAAA